AUGGACCAAAAGAAUAAAAAUUUUAAAAAAUCAAGCUCGGUUAAACCAAGCUCUUCUGGAACGACUAGUUCCAAGGUACCUACCGCAACUUCUAGCGGUAAUAACAGGGUACCUCCUAAUAAACCAGAAAUCUCCACGCGUUCUGGCCCCUCCGCAUGGUCGGGCUCUCCAUCCAGGAGAAUUUAUAAAGAACGGCGAGCGGCGACUAGGCUGCUCGAGAGAUAUGGCAAUGUCUCGGUUACGUCCGAGUCUCUUAAGGCUAGAUUAGCCUGGGCCAAACGGGUCCUUGAUACUUCUAAGGAAGUCAAAAAGGAACCUGUACCGAAGCGCCAGCGCUCAUUAGAUGAGUCAGCUUCGAAGCCGGAUGGCAAAAAGGCAAAAUUUCGUGGCAACGCCACCACUACUAAGUCCUUUAGCGACACGCUGAAGGGCUCCAUCAUAAUGGCGGUCAUUGAUGAAAAUGAUCCAGAUGGCACUAUUAAUCCUGAAAAAUGGGAUCAAAUUGAGCGAAAGCUCCUUGACUUGUUCGUCGAAGUUCUUAAGGAAUUUCCAGGUACAAUUCCCAAAUGUCGCGACGGUGGAUGGUUUCAGGGCCAUGUGAAAUUAGUCGCCUGCGUUGAUCAGCGUUCUGUUGAUCUCUUUCGCAUUGCCAUCUCCAGAAUGGGUGAGGUCUGGCCAGGCGCUAAGCUUAAAGUCGUUGCCAAGGAACAAAUUCCUGGCCGACCUAGGGCGCGUUCCUGGAUUCCAGCCGAACCAUCCGACCCUCAGCGGAUUCUGGAGCUAAUUCGGGUGGGAAACCCUGAUCUAAAUACGUCCACGUGA